AUGAACGAGACUUCUGUGAAUCAUGAUUUAGAUACAAGUGGUGGGGAGACAGAACUUGCCACUAAUAAUGCCACACCUGAUGUGGAUGAUGAUGACAAUGAGAGUAUAACUGAAAGUAUUCACUCCGAAACCCAGGCCAGUAGCGAGAACCCAACUAGUUCUUUACCAUCACCUAAAGUUAACAGAAACUACAAAUGCAAUGACUGUAGCUUCACAACCACCAAACCCAAAAUUUUCUUGACUCACCAAAUAGAAAGCCAUAAUGCAGACAUUUCUAUCUUUCCAUGCAGUUACUGUGAAUAUGCCUCAAAGUAUAAACAUAAGGUGAGUCGGCCUAGAGUUCUAAACCAUGUGAUGAGUAUGCACAUCAAUGCCAAAACACUCAAAUGCAAAUUAUGUUCAUAUACAACUAACCGCAAGAUUGAAUUGUACCUUCAUAAGAAUGAACACAUGAGUGGUAAGCAGAUCUUCAACUGCAAAGAAUGUAGCUACACCAGCUACUUCAAACCUAACCUGGAUCGUCAUAUGGAGAACCAUGGUAAGGACUUUGCAUACAAAUUUUAUCGUUGUCCAGCUUGUCCUUUCAAAACAUCACACAAAUCAGAGAUGGAAAGGCACUCUCAUAUCCAUGGUUCUGAGGACAAGACAUACCAAUGUAACUACUGCACUUAUCAGACAUACUGGAGAGGGGAUAUUACCAGACAUCUUUAUCGCAAACAUGAUGAACAUAUAAGCAAGAAAUACAUGUGCUCUAUUUGUCCAUACAAAGCUUUCAAGCAUGGGCUACUUAACUUUCAUAUGACGUAUCAUGAACCACAAUCUGGAAACAAAUAUAAAUGUAAAUUCUGUCCCUACUUUGUGUGUACACCAAGACUUCUUCAACAGCAUAUGAAGCUACACACCCAAGAACAAGGUUGGAAACAUCUUUGUGAGAAAUGCCCUUACACCACUAACAGCAAGAAUGACUUUAUUUAUCAUAAGCAAUUUCAUCGUCCUAAACCUUCAGCUGAGUUUAAGUGUGAAUUCUGUGACUAUUGGGUCACUCACAAGAGGUUGUUGAAGCAGCAUAUGAAGUUACAC